CGCCGUUGGAGUGAAUGGGUCGAGUGGCGGCACCAGGGUGGAGCGACGAUGGCGACGACGUCUGCGUCAGCAAAGUCCAUGGGCACCGCGGCACAAGCUACCCUCGGGAUACACCUGCCUCGCUUCUCUCGCCUCGUUUCGCCGAUUCGAAGAGAUGCGACGUGUACAAACACGAAGUUUCGUAUGUCGACAACCUCAUGACAUCCUUGCAACUCGUGGUGUUGAACUGCGAACAGUGUGCUCUCCAAAACACAAAACGAAAUCCGCAUAUGCCAGAGAAGGUUGGUGCGCAUCAAGGUGAUCUUGCGAGAACUCUCGUGUCCGACGCUAGCGCCAUCACCCGAAGUUAUUCAUCCCUGCAAAAGUGUGCUGAAGUCGAGCUGGAAAAGGUGAAGCGAGAGCGAGCUGACAAGUUCUCUGUGAUCUCGCAAAACGUCAAGCGCCUUGAAAUUCAAAUCAAGGCCGCUGCUCCUCCUCCAAAGCCCGCGGCGGUCGUGACGACCCCAGAGGUCAAACCUGCUGUCGCCGAAGAGCCGCCGUCUCCACCUCGGACCCCACCCGCAACGCCGCUUGCGUCCAGCCCAGCGCCGUCAAUCCCACCGACUACAGUGACCUCUCUCGCACCCAAGAUCGUCCCAGAGAAGCCGCAAGAAGUUGCUCGCCCCGCAUCUCCAGAAUUGUAUAUCGUCACUGCCAAGGGCCGUAUGGAAAACCUCACGACUCUCGAGGCUUCUAUCGUCCCAUUCGCAGACAACCAAGACCCUAACGUCAAGCGCAUUCGAGUUCUUCUCAAGAAAAAGCUCGGUGAAGCGUGCAACCAGAUCGCGAACUCGCUUUCGUCCAUCCGUCUUGUCGUCGAUAAAAUUCGCCAGGCGUUUGGGGAAGCAAAAGCGGCGGGGGAGAUAUACUUUAACUUCGCACUCAACUUUGUCGCGUCCAAGAUGGCGGCCCAAGUCCGCGUGUUGGCCGAAGUCAGCUCGUGCUUUCCCAUCGCCAACGUCGUGGCCAUGUGCUGUGUCCACACACCCGAGUUGACCGAUAUCUUCUUGGCCCACAUGCACACGAUAUGCCCGUACACGAUUCCUCUCGUGCCCGUGCGAACGGAAGGCCAAACGGACGACGAAUAUCGAGUGUCGAUUGGCAUGGAGCGCGACGAGGCCAAAGGAACGUUUGAAGCGUUUGAAAAAUACACACAACGCAUGGCGAUGGCCGUCGCCUUGGUCAUGGCUGUCAUGCAGGUACGUCGAUCGAUCGCAUGUUUCAACGUAUGCUCACGCAACAUGGUAGACCCACCCGUAUGACCGCCAGCCCCAGUCAACACACCUGACCAUUGCAGACGCGUGGAGGUGGAUGGCGCGGGUCGUGAACUCGGCGCCACAUGCGAUGACGGCCCCCGUCUUGCUCUCUGCUUUCGAGGUCGCCGGGUUCGAGUUGCAUCGCCAAUACAAGUCGCAGUUUCUCAAGCUCGCAAGUGUCGUUGAGUCGGCAGUCGUGCCCAUCCUGAGUCGGGACGUGAAAAGCGGCGGGGCGGCCACUUUAGCUCGGUUGACUACAAUCCUCACCCAACGCGGGUUUCAAAUUGAGCCGGAAGGGCGAAAUCCCACCGAAUCCAAGGUCACCGAAGCAGAUGAAGAAAAGACCGCCAACGAUGACGUCUCGCCCGGGUACGGGUCGUCGCGGUAUAGCAACAAUUAUUCGGGCGGCGGUGGCCGUGGACGCGGCAGAGGUCGAGGAAGUUAUCGCUGACGGAAUGGGACCACGUCGCGCCUUUAUUUGAGAAUUCUUUAUUCGGUGGCAAACUUUGCCACGAGUUGCUGGA